AUGUCCGUACGCAAUCUCACGGCCCAGCACCCGGGUUCCAACAGUUCGGGCUCCAAUUCGAGCGAUACCGCCGCUCCAGCUGCUCCAGCAGGAUCAUCGUCCAUCCCUCCACCCAGUAAUCCGUUCGCUGACGACGCCGAAGACGACACCUACGGUUCCUACAGCGGCAGCGAAUCGUCACUGAUCCACCACAACAACAACAACAACAGCAGCAGCAAUACCAACAUCCACAACGCCAGCGGCAUGGGCGCCAAAUCCACAACCGAUUACAGAGGAUACUACUCCCGAGGAGCAGCCGGCUCCCGUCAAAACGGUGCCAGACCUACAAACACAGCGUCCGCCAACCGUCUGAACGCUGCACCCGCCGCGUUGCCCUCCAGCACCAGUCUGAGCUCCCAUUUGGGCAUCUCCAACAACGAUAUCACGGCUCCGCCCGGUUUUGACAGGUACCCCAUCGUGGCCGGGUCUCGCGUCUCGUCCAUGGCUCCCGUGGCAGAAAGCGCUGCAAACCACAAUCCACACCAUCACCAUCCACCAGGCCCCAGCAAUAACAACUCAUCGGCCUCCAUCACUUCUUCGGACCCAUUCAUAAGUGAUCAAGACUUUUCACCCUUCGGAGGCUACCCAGCAUCGUCGUUCCCACUUCAUCUUGAAGAAAAGGAAGAUGACGAUUAUCUACACAACCCUGACCCCGAGGAAGAGGCAAGGCUCGACAAGCAUCGUUUCGCAUUCGAUUUCAAACACAUGGACAAACGUUCCGCAGGAGGUUACAUCAGUUUCUUGCUGCUGUUUCUCGGUGUAAUAGCGGUAUUCAUUAUUUUGCCCGUAUUGACGUUUACCGGUGCCGUGAACCACGGUUCCCCAGAAACAAUCACUUUCCUUUCGCUUUACGAGUAUCCACAACUAUCCGCAAUCCGCACGUCUCUCGUGGACCCCGAUACGCCCGAUAAUGCCAAAAGUUUCACUGCCAAAGACGGUUCGUCUUGGCCUCUGGUGUUUUCAGACGAGUUUAACGCUGAGGGCAGAACUUUCUACGAAGGGGAUGACCAGUUCUGGACUGCUGUAGACAUUCACUACGACGCUACCCAUGAUUUGGAAUGGUAUUCUCCAGAUGCUGCUCAAACCGCAAACGGUACCCUACAGCUCACUUUGGAUGCUUACAAGAACCACGGUCUAUACUACAGGUCCGGUAUGGUUCAAAGUUGGAACAAGAUGUGCUUCACUCAAGGCUACAUCGAAGCUUCAGCCAAUUUGCCUAAUUAUGGUCGUGUUAUGGGAUUGUGGCCCGGUAUGUGGACUAUGGGAAAUCUGGCUAGACCAGGUUAUCUGGCAUCCACUGAGGGUCUAUGGCCUUACUCCUAUUCCUCUUGUGAUGCCGGUAUCACACCAAAUCAAAGUUCUCCAGAUGGUAUUUCUAUGUUGCCGGGUCAAAGACUAUCGGUUUGCACGUGCGAUGGUGAAGAUCAUCCUAAUCAAGGUGUCGGAAGAGGUGCUCCUGAAAUCGAUAUCAUCGAAGCCGAAACGGAUACCACAAUUGGCGUUGGUUUGGCUUCUCAGUCUCUGCAAAUCGCUCCUUUCGAUAUCUGGUAUAUCCCAGAUUAUGAGUUUGUGGAAAUUUACAACACUUCUACUACUGUUAUGAAUACUUACUGUGGUGGUCCAUUCCAACAAGCCGUCUCUGCAGUCUCUACUCUCAAUUCUUCAUGGUACGAGUUUGGCCCUGACGCUGGGUAUUACCAGUCGUAUGGUUUUGAACUGAUUAAUGACGUUGAUAAUGGAUAUUUGAGAUGGUUUGUGGGCGACAAACCUACUUACACCAUAUACUCAAAAGCUCUACACCCCAACGGUAACAUUGAUUGGAGAUUACUGAGUAAGGAGCCUAUGUCUGUCAUUUUGAACUUGGGUCUCUCUACCAAUUGGGCAUACAUUGAUUUCAACUCCAUUUUCUUCCCAGUGACAAUGAGCAUCGACUACGUGCGCGUUUAUCAACCAAGUGACGCGAUUAAUGUGAACUGCAGUCCAGAUGAUUACCCAACAUACGAAUACAUCCAGAAGCACUUGAACGCUUACACCAAUUCCAACUUGACCCAGUGGGAAGAUGCCGGGUACAGUACCCCAAAGAACAUUCUCACGGGAAACUGUAAGAGUUCAAAGUAUUCGCUUCCUCAAAAGUCCUAG